AUGGCGGGGAGAGUUGUUCUCAUCAACUCGGUCAUUAAUGCCUUACCAAUCUACACGCUUUCUUUUUAUAAGGCUCCUAGGAAGGUGUUACAAGAGAUGUGUUCGAUUCAACGCAAGUUCCUUUGGGGAGGUGGAGAUCUCAAAUGUUCUAUUUGUUUGGUUAGUUGGGAUACGGUGUGUAAGUCUCGAGAAGAAGGAGGGUUGGGAGUAAAAAAUCUUGAAAUUAUGAAUGUGGCUUUGCUUAGCAAAUGGAAAUGGAUAAUUUUAACGGAAAAAGAUGCGGUGUGGAGAGAUCUGUUGGUUGCAAGGUAUGGUAACAUAAAGCUUAAGGUUUUGGUUGGAGAUUCAUCGGUGGUGCAUAAAAACGACUCGGUGUGGUGGAGAGAUUUAAUCAUCUCAGACAACUAUGAAAAGCUUCUUCUGGAAAACUUUACUAGUGUUGUUCAAGUUAUUGUUGGCAAUGGAGUUUCAACGCCGUUUUGGUAUGCUAAUUGGUCUGGGCAGCGGUCGUUGAUGGAGGAAUUUCCGACUCUGUUUUCUUUGGCUAACAACCACCUCUCCAGUUUUUUUUCUGCAGGUUUUUUGGUCAACAAUGGUUGGAAUUGGGCCCUGCCAGAGCUGUUCCAGGAGGACAGUAUAGCUUUCAGGCUGGCUGCGAACGAUGGAGAAGGGGUUAGCCAAUCCGCGGCUGUGGUUGAGAGUCACAGGGGCACGGAGGAGCCGCAGAGAGCUGGCUCUGAGGAGGCGGCAGCGAUCGGCUCAGCAGCUGGCAGCGCUGCUGUUCGGCGGUCUCUUUGUCAGCUGAAACAGCUUCUCCGGACUUUUGUACUUCAGCAGGCUGAGUCAGAUUUGUUCUAUUGGCAAGAGGAGUUGGAUGGUAUUUUUUCGGUUAAGUCUUGCUAUGUCUUCCUCAAUAACAAGUUGUCGGGUGAGGUGGUGGCUGCGAAUAGAGUUCGUGCUCUCUCUCAUCUUUGGAAAGUUAAGGUUCCCUCUAAAAUUCUUUUCUUUGCUUGGAGAUUUAUUCACAACCGUAUAGCUACUCGUGAUCAUUUAGUGAGACGUGGUAUUUUGAUGGAGGGUAGGGAUUCUUUUUGUGUUUUUUGUUCGAAGGAGGAAGAAUCUCGGGAUCAUCUUUUUUCGAAUUGUGUUGUUUCGAUUAGAGUUUGGCGCCGAGUUUAUAUGUGGCUUGGAGUUGGGGACAUUUUGUCUUUUGAUGAGUUUGUUGAUUUCUUCUUUAAUUGUGAGAAGAUUAAUUAUCUCUCCAAGAAAGCUAUCUUGUCGGUUGUUUGGCUUGCAACGAUUUGGACUUUGUGGAACAAGCGCAAUGCCAUUAUAUUCAAAGAUGAGUCCUUUAGUUUCAUAGAGUGUAUGUCGGAGAUUACUAUUUCGUCGUGGCAUUGGUUAGGUUCUUUCUAUAAGAAGGUGCCGGUUUGUAAUUUUUUCGGUUGGAACACUCAACCUUUAUUGUGUUUUUCGUUGUAA